AUGAGCUAUCGUGGCCGCGGAAGAGGAGGUUUUCGGAACACUUCGGGCCCCAGACAGGGCGACAUAGACCAGUUUGCUGCGGCAAACUCAUUUCCGGUUCUGAUAACCGGAUGGACCGGCGCUACGGUUGAAGAAUGUGUAAAAUUCAUCUCGAGAAAAUGCCGAAUUUCGGUUCUAAAUGCCACUUCCGACGCCGCUGGGGUAAUGCACGGGUACGUCAAGUCUCAGAAGGACGCCGACGACUUGGCCAAUUGGUCUGGGGUCAAAUUUGCAGGCCAACUGCUCCGGAUUUCCAAGGACUUUUCCGGACAAGGUGGAACAAAUACUGCCAUUGAAGCCAUUACCCAGUUUCUCCAGUCACGCUACAACCCCGGAAUGAAGAUGUUGAACUUGGCACUGGUGCUGCAGGACCCCAAUUUGGUGGCGAAGGGGUUUUUUGGGUCGGUGAAUACCGGGUCGAAAUUCUUUCCUGCUCUCAUGAAAGUGGCUCUGGAUCUCAAAUUGGACGUUGAAACAAUUGAUCUUUCGGGAAACGACUUGAGCGACUUGUCGGCGAUCUCGGCUAUGGCUCCAACCUUUCCCAAACUUCGCAACUUGAGCUUGCAAAAUAACAACUUCAAGUCGCUCAAGGUGUUUGAUCCAUGGAAACACAAAUUGUCGUUUCUUCGCGAGAUCAUCUUGACGCAAAACCCCAUGAUAGACAACCACACCAACCCUGCGGACCGAGCCUCCAUCAAUGGCGAACUUAUGCGACUUUUUCCUAGGCUCAUAGUGCUCAAUGGUGAGAUAAUAAGAAACGAACAGACACUCAUGGCCAACCUCACGUUCCCAUUCGAGGCACCCGAACCUAUGUUUUUCCUGGACGAAGAAAUCAGAAACAUGUCCACCAAUUUUAUUACCAAUUUUUACAAUCUUUGGGAUACAAACCGGAAUGAGCUUUUGGUGUUGUACCAAAAUGAAUCGCAAUUUUCCAUGCAAGUUGACCUGGCUCAUCCUCACAUUACCGAGGGUGGUCAGGGUACUGACUUUGGAUACUACCUCCCCAACUCGAGAAAUUUAGCCAGGGUUUCAUCGACCAAAAUUCGCCAAAGCAGAGUUGCUAUUGGUCCCGCCAAUAUCUCGAAAUUUUUUGCCCAGCUUCCACGGUCUCGUCACGAACUCAUACAAAAGCCCCAUCUCUACAGCAUGGAGAGUUUCCGGUUUCCUCAGCUCAACGGAAUCAUGAUGACAUUGCACGGAACAUUCGAGGAAACCGCCGCACCAGACAACACCGAACAGGCCAAUUCUUCAGCUUCGAAAAACAGGUUCCACUACCAAAAGAACAAAAAAACCCCAUUAUCGCCUAAGAGCUUUGACAGAACAUUUAUUGUGAUUCCUGGUCCCAAUGGGUCUAUGAUUGUGGCCAGUGACUUGCUUCUCAUUCGUCCUCCAGGAGGAAAUGAAGCCUGGUCUGCUACACCGUCCACACCCGCUUCAGCAACCCCCACACCCACACCAACUCCCACAGCAACCCCCACGCCAAGUGGUCCCACUACCGCUGAUUUACCAGCAGAAAUCAAGGCCAAUCUCAAUCCUGGACAACAGGAAUUACUUGUCAAGGUUCUAUUGGAAACCAAACUUAACCUUCAGUAUGGUAUUUUGUUGUGUGAACAAAGCAGCUGGGACUACCAGCAGGCCACGGUGAACUUUAAGAACUCUGUGGGGUCGUUACCACGAGAGGCAUUCCAGGUGUAA